UUAGUUAAUGCGUAGCUACAAGCGCUGAAAUUUUAGUUUGACACACGAGGGGAUUUAUUGAAGUGUCUGCACGAAUGCUCAGUUAACAUCUUCUUCUUGUGCAAUUUGAUUGACUUGGGAGGAUAUAUUUAUAACCUUAAUUUAAAUACACUUAGAAGAUGGCUAACAAGGCAGAGUCCACUACCACUAGUGAGAGUGUGUCCCACAGUGUGCUGAGCUGGGACCAGGUGAGCCGUCUUAAUGAGGUCCUGACAGAGGUGGUGCCGGUCCAUGGCCGAGGGAACUUCCCCACUCUGGAGGUGCGGCUGAAGGACAUUGUGCAGAUGGUUCGCACCCGGCUGGAGCUAAGGGGGAUUAAAGUGAAAGACGUCCGUCUGAACGGCUCUACGGCCAGCCACGUGCUGGUGCAGGACAUUGGAUGGAGCUACAAGGACCUGGACGUCAUCUUCAGAGUGGACCUGCCCCAGGAGUCAGGGUUCCAGCUAGUUAAAGACGUGGUGCUGGGCACCCUGCUGGACUUCCUCCCUGAGGGGGUGAACAAGGAGAAGAUCACCCCCAUGACUCUGAAGGAGGCCUACGUUCAGAAGCUGGUCAAGGUGUACACUGAGCAGGACCGCUGGAGCCUCAUCUCCCUCUCCAACAACAACGGACGCAACGUGGAGCUCAAGUUUGUGGACUCUAUCCGCCGGCAGUUUGAGUUCAGCGUGGACUCAUUCCAGAUCGUGCUGGACUCGCUGCUCACCUACUACGACUUUUCACCGGAGAACCCCAUGUCUCGCCACUUCCACCCUACCGUGGUGGGCGAGAGCGUGUACGGGGACUUUGGCGUGUCUCUGGACCACCUCACAAACAAGCUGAUUGCCACCAAGCGACCGGAGGAGAUACGUGGCGGGGGCCUGCUCAAGUACUGCAACCUCCUGGUAAGAGACUUCCGGCCCACCUCGGAGGAGGAGUUCAAGGGUCUGGAGCGCUACAUGUGCUCCCGCUUCUUCAUCGACUUCCCCGACAUUGGCGAGCAGCAGCGCAAGCUGGAGGCCUACCUGCAGAGUCACUUUGUGGGCGAGGAGAAGAGCAAGUAUGACUACCUCAUGAUCCUGCGGCGCGUGGUCAACGAGAGCACGGUGUGUCUCAUGGGCCAUGAGAGGCGGCAGACCCUCAACCUCAUCUCACUGACAGCCUUCAGGGUGCUGGCUGAGCAGAACGCCAUCCCCGACGCCUCCAGCGUCACCUGCUACUACCAGCCGGCGCCCUACGUCCGAGACCACAACUUUAGCAACUACUAUGUGGCCUCGUGUAACCAGAACAUUCCAACAUGGCUGCCAUGUAACUGAGAGACACACGCACACAAGAGAAGACUGCUGCUUUGAGAAAAAAGAAAAGGAGAUCAAUACGCCCCCCCCAAAAAAAUAUAAAUUAGGCCAUAACUGGUCUUUCCCUCUGUGGGCAUAAAGGAUAUAUUUAAAUGGA